AAGAGGAGGAGGAUGUGACCAUGAGGCUCUGCCCCAGACACCUAGCUCCGACUUGGAGCUACCCACAGUUCCCCAGCUCUACCUCCUCGGCCACCGUCACCAUGGCAGCACCUCUUGGCCCUCUGUCUGAUCCAGGGGCAGAAAUCAGCCUCCUGGAAAUCAACCAGGAGCUUCAAUCCCAGCUGGAAAAAAGCAAGCAGGACUUCCGAGACCUCAAGGAGAAAUUCCUUAUAUCCGAAGCUACUGCCUACUCCCUGGCCAACCAGCUGCAGAAAUACAAGUGUGAAGAGUCCACCGACCUCAUCGAAUCCGUGCUGGGAGAGAAGGUGCAGUUUGAGAAGGGGAAGCAGGCAGACACGGUGGCUGAGAAGCUCAGGCUAUGUCAUACCCUCAUUAAAGACCAGGCUAAAGAGCUGACCCGUUUGUAUCAGAAGUUACGGAAAGGGAAAGACGUUUCCCAACUGCUCAAUAAGCUCCUCGAGGACCUCCUCACCCAUGAUGACCCUGAGCAUUCCCAAGGGCAGGGCUUCCAAGAGCAACUGGCUGAGGGGCGCAGGCUGGCCAAGUGCCUUGCCCGAAAGCUCAGCCCAGAAAAUUAUGAGGAUGAGGAGGAUGAAGAAGAACAAGGAACCCUCACUCCCAG